AGUGGCAUUGAGAGUAGGAAGGACUUUCAUGGUGGAGAAAAUCUUCAGCUGUUGGGUGAAUGUGAAGAUGCUGCCAGCCAGAACCACAAACUUGUUCAGUGUGAGAGUAUCUGCUGCAAUAAAGAGUUUUAUGAGGUUAGUAAACAUGGUAAGGCCUUUAGACAACUUCUGGACCUCAUUCCACGUGGGAGAGUUUACACUGGAGAAAAGUUGUUUGAUUGUAGUGAUUGUGGAAAGUCCUUUAGCCAAAGCUCUAGCUUCAUUCAACAGCAAAGAAUUCCUGGUGGAGAAAAGCAACAUGAGUGCACUCUUUGUGGCAACUCUUAUAGCUUUUGCUAUAAGUUGCUCCUUGUUCAGCAUCAGAGAAUUCACAAUGGUGAAAAGCCUUAUGAGUGUAGUAAAUGUUGGAAGACUUUUUUCUGUUCUUUGUCUCUCAGUGAACAUCACAGAAUUCAGAGUGGUAAAAAACCUUAUGAGUAUAGUGACUCUGGGAAGUUUUUCAGAGGAAAGAAUAAACACAUUGAUCACUGCAGCAGGCACUCAGAUAAAAGGCCUUUUGAGUGUAUUGAAUGUGGGAAAUCUUUUAGUCGCAAAUAUUGCCUUGAAAGACACAGUGGAGUUCACACUGGAGAAAAGCCUUAUGAGUGUAAUGAAUGUGGGAAAUCUUUUAGUCGCAAAUAUCACCUCCAGAGACAUGGGAGAGUUCACACUGGAGAAAAGUUGUAUGAUUAUAAUGACUGUGAGAAGUCCAUCAACCCAGGUUCUAGCCUCCUUCAACACCAGAGUAUUCAAAGUAGAGAAAAGCAGUAUGAGUGUACUUUUUGUGGGAAAUGUUUUUGCUACAAAUCUGUUCUCAUUAAGCAUGAGAGAAUUCACACCGGUGAAAAUCCUUAUGAAUGUAGUGAAUGUGGGAAGUCUUUUCACCUUUCCUUUUCUCUAAUUCAACAUCAUAAAAUUCACAGUGGUGAAAAACCUUAUGAGUGUAGUGAUUGUGAGAAAUUUUUCAGACAAAAGUCUAAACUCAUUGAUCACUACAGAGGUCACACUGGUGAGAGGCCUUAUGAGUGUAUUCAGUGUGGAAAAUCUUUUAUUCGCAAGCAUCACCUCCAAACACACAGGAGAGUCCACACUGGAGAAAAGCCUUAUGAAUGUGGCGAAUGUGGAAAAACAUUUGGGAAAAAGUUUAACCUCCUUCAACAUAGGAAACUUCACACUGGAGAAAAGCCUUUUGAGUGUAGUGAUUGUGGGAAGUCUUUCAGCCAAAGAUCUAACCUCUUUCAUCACAAGAGAGUUCACACUGAAGAAAAGCCUUAUGAAUGUUGUGAUUGUGGGAAGUCCUUCAGCCAAAGCUUUAGCCUCCUUCAACACCAGAGAGUUCACACUGGAGAAAAGCCCUUUGAGUGUACUGAUUGUUUGAAGUCCUUCAACCAAAGGUCUGCUCUCAUUCAACACAAGAAACUUCACACUGGAGAAAAGCCAUUUGAGUGUAAUGAUUAUGGGAAAUCUUUCACACAAAGUAGUAUGCUCAUUUAUCACUUCAGAGGUCACACUGGGGAAAGACCUUAUGAGUAUAGUGAGUGUGGGAAGUGUUUUAGACAAAGCUCUAGCCUUUCCCGUCACCACAUAGUUCAUAGUAGAGUAAAGCCUUAUGAAUGAAGUGAAUAUGAGAACAACUUUGGACAUGUUUUUUUUUUUUAAUUUUAUUUUAAAUGGACACUUAGGAAAGAGAGAGAAAUAUAGAUUUGUUGCUCACUUAACUAUUCAUUCAUUAGUUGAUUAUUAUAUUUGCCCUGACCAGGGAUCAAUCCUGCCACAUUCAGGUGUUGGGAUGAUGCUUUAACCUAGCCAUGGCUAGAAAAUUUUUAACUUCAUAUGAUCUAAAAUGUUUCACACUCAAGAAAUGCUUUCUCAGUGCAGUGAUUGUGGGAAAUUUUUUUUUUAUGGUAUUUUUGAAAGAUUAUAAUUGUUAGUGUUC